CGGAGAGGACACAGUAGGCUAGUGUUGAUGCUGUGAAGAAGUCAGUUGUUAUAUUUCCACCGCCACGGCGCGGGAGGAGCACAGCCACCUCGUCGCAGCUUUCGACCAGGUAGAGAUGCCACAAUGGAGACUAUGCUGCUUAUACUUAUCCUUCUCUUCUGCUUUCACCUAGCCUCUGCAGGACAAACGGAGGUGAGAGUGAUGGUUCCUCCUGUUGUCAGGAGAGGUUCUACAGUGACUCUGGUUUGUCUCCAUAACCUCACAGCUGACAACCUCUACUCAGUCAAGUGGUACCGGGGGAACUAUGAGUUCUACAGGUUCCUACCCAAGGAGCGCCCUCCCGCCACGACCUUCCCUCUACCAGGACUCGAGGUUGAUAUGAAUGGGUCUAGUGGUCAGCAGGUCACUAUCCGAGUGCUGACCCGGCAUAUCUCCGGUGUGUUUACAUGUGAAGUAUCUGCCGAGGAACCCUUCUUCAGCACAAGUUCCGACUCAGCAAACCUCACAGUCAUCGAUAUCGGCCUCCGCAAGCCUCUAGUCAUACCAAGCUCCAGCGUACAUGUGGCAGGUUUACCCAUCCAAGUCAACUGUUCGGCCCAGCCAACCGUCCCGGCUCCUAAUAUUUCAUUCUACCUCGACGAUGUAAAGGUCAACAAGAGUGCAGUGAGAGUGUUAGCGCCGGGUCUGGCUGUGCUGGAGGUGGACAAGCUCGGGUCAAGUGAAGGUCCAGUAUGGGUCAGGUGCGAGGCAGCUGUUAGUGGCGUCUAUCACUUGAGUAGUGCCAGUAUACCUAUACUGGAACAUCAUCAGGAGCUGGCUGCAUCAUCCAACGUGUCACCUUCAAGUCUCAAGACCAAUUUCAUCACCACAAAGUGCCUUCUUCUUCUAUCUAUUGUGUUUCUAGUCGAGUACAAACUAAAAAUAUAAUUUGUUAUUUAGUUCCUUAAUUGUAUAUGUACGUUAUAUGCUUAAGAUAUUCCAAUUUAUUUAAUGUCUAGAUUUAGAUUUUAUUAACUUUUGUACAGAGUUUAUUUAAUUUCUUGUAGUAUAAAACUGUUGUUAUAAUUUAGCUUCAUUAAAAU